AUGCGCCUCCGCAAACGAUCCUCCCCUCUCAGCCCCGGACGGACAAAUACUGGCACAAAUACGCCCGAGCGAGAAUCGACGCCAGCCCCGGCGCCGACCAAUGAUGCCAUCACCGAUAUCUGGAAGAGCGCUCUGGAUCAGUAUCGUGACGCAGUGGGCUUCAACUUGCAGAACAAGAAAGACGAGCUUGUCCGCAGGAUGGAGAAGUGCACGACAACCGACGCAAUCCUGCGAGUGUUGGACGACGCGGCGCACUAUCUCGUUGAUCAACGCCGCGGAAAUAGGAAGCUUGAGGCUGUGAGGGGGUUCUUGAAGCCCGUAGUAGUGGGAUUGGACACAAUACUCGAUGCGGGAGCUGAGACAGGCUCGGCUUUGGGAGUACCAGGCGGUAAAGGCAUAUUUGCGGCUGUGGCUGUGCUUCUGAAGGCAGCGGAUCGCGUCAGCGCUACCUUUGACGACAUGGAGCAACUAUUCGAACGACUUCAAGUUUACAUCGAACGUCUGGAAGUACGAAUCAAGGCACCCUUGCGAGACCAGGCCAAGACCAUCGCCGUCAAGGCAUUGGCGGAGAUGCUGAAAGCCUUCGCUAUUGCCACGAAGAUGAUGAGACAGAAUAGGCUCGGCAUGUUUGUGCGAGCACUGUUUACGAAGGGAGACUAUGUUCAGCACGCCAUUCGUGUCCUCGAGAAAAAUAUGUCUGACAGUAUCAGAAUGGACAUCGUCGACGUGGUGGUCGGCAUGCACGAGCUGUCUUCGGAUGUGUUACAGAUCAAGACGUCUAUGUCCCAGUUUCUCGAGAUGAUGCAGCCCCUAUUGGAAGGUAUACAACCCGUAGUGGAGCAGACACACGCCAUGAUGGGGACUGUCCUCUCCGAAAGUCGCGAGCGCGACGCGUUGCUGUGGACGAUGGCCACAGAACUCAGGGUGGCUUGUCGAGCUUUUCAGCGCCAUGAAGAGGAUAAGAAACGUUAUGAGGCGGCCGUUACUGCGGAGGAGCAAUCAGCCCGCCCUGAGUUACGCUGGCGCCGCUGGGGCGGUCAACUGUACUGCGUGGUUUGCAGAUUCAGUCCCAGGGACCAGGACAGUGUCUGGCGCACCCUCGUCGGGCUCCUUCUUGCCUGCGUCGAGUGUACUAUGGGCUUUUCUACUCGCCGCUCCUUACAACAAGCAGACUCUGACGACGAUGCUGGCCAAGUAGUCGUCAGGUUCCUCUGGACAACAUGCGCAUUUCUGCUACUCUUCAUGAUGCAGAAGCUCGACACGGUGACCCGAUCUCUCGGUAAAGCACCAGGCGUUAUCAACAUCGUCGAUAUUAUGGGUUUCAGCUUGGUGCUUGAACAAGAUGACUUUGCGUCAUGGGAGGCCACUCACUCUUUCCUUCUACGUGUCUUCAGCUCCAGCCGGGAUCGACGUCAUGGACUCUCAAUUGUCGAAAACCGCGAGUACGGUCUAGGGAACAACGACCUACUGGUCAUUACAGCUGAGCAGUGGUCUCAUAUUGUAAGGCCGGGGGCUAUUCUCCACAUGUGCAUCCUCCUUCACACGACGGAUCUGAGCUGUCCGUACUGUGGGCUUGAAGCCAGUUCCGAAGAGACACUUUCCGACGGGCGCAUCAUCUGCUCUAAUCCUGAGUGUGGUCGUACAUAUGGUGCUCACCAAGACGACUCUAAUUUAUCCGAUCCUGAGACGAGUGAUCUGAGCACUUCCCACUCUUUCACGGCUGUCUCGGGUAAUACCGCAGGAAAGCUUAUACGUGCUUUUACUCGUGUCGUUGUCUUAAUUUGGGAAUGCUAUCUAUCCUAUGACGACGAAGACGAAUCUUCCGGCGCAUCGGGUAUGCCAUGGGAUAUCCGCUCAGGACUCGACCUGCCCCCGCUUGCGCACCUCAUGCCGCCUGGCAUUCCCUAUAUGAUAACCAACACUGCCAGAACAUUCCCAGAGCUGACGUAUUACGGUGUACACACGCCUGUCCGACCUCCAGCUCCGUGCUGCGUCUACUCUGGCGAACGCGGUGGAUUGCCAGGUGCAUGUGCAACACUGCUUCCACCGUACGCGAUUCUACCAGGAUACGGGGAACGCAGCAGCCUCAUCCCCGUUCAUUUGGCCGACCCGCUUCGGCAUCGUUACCAUGAGCUUGAAAGGCAGCGUGGAGGUUUCAUUGAGAUGCCUCAGCGCACCGACCGUCUGCUCGAUUAA